AUGUCAGACCUCCCUUCCAACGUUCACGUCUCACAGCACCCCUGUCUGAGGGCGAAGCUAUCCCAGCUGCGGUCCAAAUCCACGGCGGCCAAGGAUGUGAAGACGUUGGUUCACGAGAUCGGGUUGAUCGUGGCUACUGAAGCUCUUGCUGCUUCGACGACGGCGAAAGAUGGCCCCAAGGCAUGUUACGACGCGACACCGCUAGGUUUCGAGUUCACCUCGACCGAGAUCUCCCCCUCCCGCCUCUGCCUCGUCCCGAUUCUCCGAUCCGGUCUGGGCAUGGUAGACGCCGUCCAGACGAUCCUCCCGGGCCCCGUCCCCGUCCACCACCUCGGCCUCUACCGCGAGCCCUCGACCCUCGAGCCCGUGGAGUACUACAACAACCUGCCCAACCACAUCUCCUCGGACGGCUCCAACCCGGACGUCAGCAGCCUGGCCAUCAUCCUCGACCCCGUCAUCGCCACGGGCGGCACCUGCGCCGCGGCCAUCCAGACGCUGCGCGAGUGGGGCGUCAAGCGCAUCAUCGUCAUGGCCGUCAUCGGGGCCACCGAGGGCGUCAAGCGCGCCGCCUCCGAGUGGGCCAACGCGACCGAGAUCUGGAUCGCCGGCGUCGACGCCGAGCUGACGUCGAGCGGCAUGCUGAAGCCAGGCGUGGGCGACGUCGGCGACCGCCUGUUCUUGACGAUUGGCAAAUGA